AUGAAAAGUAACGAUAGGGUGGAAAUAGGAGGAGCGGAUGAUAGCAUACGAAUGGACGAGAAUGUGUUUCGUACGGAUAGAGUUCACAAAGUCUUCUACCGAUUAAUACGGAAUGUCAUUAUAUUCUUCGUGGGAUUCGGCGCUCCACUCAAUCAAUGGCUCAAACCUAACGAUAUUUUUCGCUUAUUAUUGGAUAAACACAAAAACCUAUGGCUUUACUACAGAAUCUAUUGUUGGCUUUUAAUACACAUAUGUCUGGUUCUCAACAUCUCAUCCCUCGUCUAUCUAUUAGUUUGGAUUAAUAAAGACGUAUCGGAAUUAUGUCAACAAAUAGUGCAACUCAUAUGGAGUUUGUCUGCGUGUGUGGCCAUAGACUCGAGUUAUUACUACCGAAACUCAACAUUACUUGAGGGCACGUGUGAGACCACUGACCAAACCCUCAAAGGCUGCCAACAAAUGGACCACAAAACACAACUGUUGAACAGUUGUAUACUAUCUCCAAAUGUCUACUAUACGUUCAUCGGUUGCAACACAAUGUUAUUUGUCAUCUUCUCGUACAUCGCGUUCAAAGCGGCCUCAGAUGUGAGCGUAAUGUCGGAUAAGAGCAAGAAAUUGAUCGAAGAAUACGUCACGUGUACACCAUAUGAGAAGAGAUCAAUGGAGUUCAAUGUGGAGUACCAGCACUUGAAUUCUACCAUAUUCUCAAAGUCAGUCAAUCUAACGCUAUUCGGUUUUGGCUCCAUAACCAAAGUGUCGCUCGGCUUAGGGCUCAUUACUUGUCUGCCAUACAUUCCCGACAUAAUUGAGUUCAGUUUAGAGCAUAGUUGUGGCAAAAUCGGGAGUAAUCUGUUUGUGAUCGGAGACAGACGUAAUCGAUUCCUAACCAAUCCUAUCGAAUAUCAGUACUUCUGUUCAGUUCAGAAGUCGUGGGUUAAAGACAUUCACGACUACAUCAGGGAA